AGGCUUCUCCAAGAAGAGUCACACGUUCCUGCCUAAAAUAUUUAGAAAAAUGUCUACUCAGUCAGCGAAAGAGAGACCCGAGAGCUUGCAUUUCCCUUUCCUUGACGAUGACGACACCAUCGCCACGGUGAAGGAAUCUAAAACCUUCUUCAUUUUACGAGGCCUCCCUGGCAGCGGGAAGUCCACGCUGGCUCAGGCCAUCCAAGAUCGCUAUAAAGAUGCCUGCAAGGUCAUCUCCGUCGAUAACUACAAAAUCACACCGUCCAUUAGAAGCACCAUUCCCGAAGAGUACUCCAAGGUGGAUGAGGAUUUAGUUGACUAUUGCAAACGGGAUAUCAGCGUUAUCGUUUUGGAUGACACUCACCACGAGAGGGAACGGCUGGAGCAGCUUUUUGACAUUGCAGACAAAUACCGGUACAAAGUGAUCUUCGCCGAGCCCAAAACGCCGUGGCGGGUGGAUUGCGCGCAGCUGAAGGACAAGAACCAGUGGAAGCUGUCGGCGGAUGAGCUGAAGAAGAUGAAGCCGAGCUUGGAGAAGGAAUUCCUGCCCAUGUAUUUUGGGUGGUUUCUGAGCAAGAGAAGCUCGGAGAUCCUGAGGAAGGCUGGCCAGGCCUUCCUGGACGAGCUCGCGAGUCUCAAAGCCUUCAAAAAGGAGAGUAAAUUCUUUGCUUCCGCUAUUGACGAUCCCAAAAUAAAGAUCGAUCUCACCAGCUACUUCGUGAAGAGGCCACCCGGGGUCUUGCACUGCACCACAAAGUACACGGACUUCGGAAAAGCAGCCGGAGCCGAGGAGUACGCACAGCAAGAGGCUGUGAAGGCUUCCUACGGCAAAGGCUUCACCUUGGCCAUCUCCGCGCUCUUCAUCACAACAAAAACUGUUGGUGCUCGUGUGGAGCUGAGCGAGCAGCAGCUGCUGCUGUGGCCCACGGACCCCGACAAGGCCCUGCCCAGCGACAGCCUCCCCCGCGGCAGCCGGGCCCACGUCACCCUGGGCUGCGCCAGCGGCGUCGAGGCUGUGCAGACCGGGCUGGAUCUGCUGGAGUUCGUGAAGCUGGAAAAGGCGGGGAGCAAAGGGGAGCAGGUGGGGGAGAUUGGAGGAGGGAAGCUGCUGUAUUUCGAGAACGGUAUGUGGAUGCUCGUCCUGUCCAAAAAGAUCGAUGUGAAGGCAAUAUUCUCGGGUUACUACGGCAAAGGGAAACUCGUGCCCACGCAGAGCACCAACAAACGGGGCUCUGCUUUUAGUUCCUGCACCAUCAUUUAG